AUGGUGCUCUUGCAUUUCAAGCAGGGCGAUGAUCGCCAGUUCUUGUUCGAGGCGCCUGGCGCCGAGUGCGUCGAUGCGAUCGUCAGGGAUGUCGUCGCCGUGAAUAAUCUCCAGCUCCGGAUUCUCCAUCUGGUCCAGGAAUGCGGGCAGCUGCUGGAGUAUGGGCCGAUCAAAUCCAAGGAGGAGCAAGAACAGGAGGAGGAGGAGGAAGAUGAGGGUAAUUCCACUGGCGCCAGUAGCUCUUCUUCUCGUAAGGAAAGAGGGCCGUUCUACAAGAAGGAUCCAAGCGGUCGUCGGACUGGAGAAGAGACUAGCGUUUCGAAAGGACUUCCCAGGCACGACCCUGUGCAGCAGCAACUUACUGGAACUUUUGAAGGAAAAGAGCUCAUGCGUGACAAAAGACUUGCGGAUUACGUCGGGAAGAAUGACAAGACAAAGCUGACUUCUUUUCUCGCAAACGCUGCUUUGCAGACUCUAAAAGAGAACACAGACGACUCCUACACAAACUCUGAGUGGGCGAAUCCACAAGCUCUGAAAGCUCACUUCCACGGGACGAGCAACAUUCGAUUCAGAUAA